UUAAACAGACUGAGCAGAAAUUUCUCGAUAUCAGCGCGUCUCUUGUCAGCAACUUGUUUGAUAUUCGAUCGUCCCACACUCAUGCCACUCGGUAAACUGGAAAUUCCAAACAACCGAAGAAAGCAUUAGUUAAACCUCGAAAUUGUGGAUAUCCAUUAAGCCCACUUAGUAAUAAACAUAAAUAGUAUCGGUGGGUCAACAGACGUGUCGUCGUAAUCUUCGGCACAUCCAAGUACACGAGAUAGCAAACUCUAUAAAUUUUACGAUAGCACGGGCGAGUGCGUGAGUCAGCUGUGGUAAUGUCAUUGUAUCAAUUCAAUGUGUUAUUAACGGAUUUUGUGAUAAAGGAAUAGAUAAAUCCAAUUGGCCUCCAUUUUUCUACCGCAUCACAUCGAAUCGCUCUGCGUUGAGUGGAAAAAUGGGAUUGAAAUGGUUUCGUGCCCAAAUGGCCCUGGAUGAACCGAGGACGUUGAAUCCAACGGGUGCGCCAGGUUUCUACCGAACGAUAUCGAAUUUCGAUGCUAGUAUUUGGCCACCACCACCGACGAUGGUGCAGAAGCCACGGCCGGUUGCUAAACCUGUGUCACCACCCCACGUCCCGACUCUCCAGUCCCCCCAGAAUUCAAUGCCAACGCUCGAUGCAGAAGAUCUAUCUUCAGAAUAUAAACGAGACAGUGGAUUGAGCGAGGGGGAGCACGAGGGGGCCUUUAAAUUACCGAGGGCUUCCGUGGAUAUUCUGAGGGAGAAACAUACUGAGGAUGUCAAGAAGGCGGGGAUCAAGAAGAAGAAGGGAAAUGCACCGAAACCUUAUGAAUCGGUGGGAAAUUCUAGUGCUAGAGAAGUUGUGAUUUAAUUCAUAGAGACAAUUUCAUUGGAUUCUCUAUGUGUAAUAAGUAAUGUACUGGAUAAGAAUAUUGGAGUGUUUUUUUUUUCAAUUUCAAUUGGAAUGAAUGCAAAAAAUAUAAAUGAACCGAAAAUGGAUUGGAGUGAAAUCGAUAUUGAAAUCUGCAGUGAAAUGAUAAGAUGAGAUAAGAAAAAAUAUGUAGAUAAUUGUGGGGGUAAAUGAGAGGUUCAAUAGAAUUUACAAAGAGCCUUCUGAAUUUCCCUCUUGAAAUUCCUUGAAUUCACUGAUAUUUCGGUAAAUUUUUUCAGUCAAAAUUCACGAUUUGAUGGAAAAAUCAAUGGACACUGUCAAUUUCAGUUAAAUUGUUCCAUGAAAAUUAACAGAAAUUAGGAAAUUUAGGGAAAUACAUUUAGCUGCUGUUAAAAAAAUUAUAAUUUCAAUUAAUUUUUAGUGAAAUCUGAAAAUUAAUUUUUUUUUCUUUAAAUAGACUUCUUGAAACUUUUUAUCAGAUUAUAUUUCCAUUGAAAUUUCACGAAAUUUCGGCUCAGUGUUGUUCGCAAACCUCUUCACUCAGGUAUUCACAGAAUAGUUCAUAAAUAACUAAAGAAAACAUCCCCAUAUUCCAUUUCCAUUCAAUAUCUUCGCUUUCUCGAUUAGAUGUAAUUAAAAUUUUCCUCUAUAAAUAAAGCGAAAUUGUAAUAA